AUGACUCAUUGGUGGGAGACAAGAGGAUUUUCUCAAAAACGAGCCACGGUAGAAAAUGGCCCGGAGAAACUGUAUGACCACAAGGGCGAAUUCCAGGACCAGGUCCUAGAUGCUUUGACGAACGGUCGACGGAAAGACUCCAUGAUAUACCACGAAUCGCUCAGUGAGCACUCGGACAUGACCAACGUCCGAGGCUACUUCAUGGCCCCAGCUAAUAAGAAUGCUCGCCUUCUUUAUCCUAAGCACAUUGAGAGGAUUAAACAACAGGUAGAAGAGAUACUCAUUGGUCCCGUCGCGUGGCAGGAAACUUCCCAAACCUCCUACAUUCCUCGAAGUCCCGAGGAUUUUGACCUUGAUGAGCACAAGAACGGCCCGAAAGGAGCAGCAUUAGUACGGUAUACGGACGGGGCUGCGUGGCCCCUAGAGGUGUUUUUGGAGGAUAAAGUGUUCAAGGAGAAGCGUUCAUUCAGGUGA